AUGAAGAGUCGAGGAAAGAAAGGUAAAAGAGGAAAACUAUCAGAAAAUUUUUCAUCAAAAUCUCAUAAAGCUUCAUUAUUAGACUAUUGCAAUUAUUGUAAUAGUGCUCAACAUAUUAAUCUCCUCUUGGACAAGAAACAAAGACAAAUUGUUAUUAGUGAAAAAGAAGAAAUGGAGUCUAAUAAGUGUGUUAUAAAAGUUCUUAUUGAUUUGGCUCGAACAUUGGGUAGGCAAGGAAUCGCGUUUCGUGGAGAUGAUCGGGAUGAAAAUGGAAAUUUUAGACAGUUGGUAUAUUUUAUGUCGAGACAUAAUUUGGUACUUAAACGAUGGUUGAGCAACAUAAAACUUAGAAAAUAUCAUGUGACAUAUAUGAGUGCUAAAUCCCAAAACGACUUCAUUCAUUUGCUUGGACAAGAUGUUCAAAGCAAAAUUGUUUCCGAAGUUAACCAAGCAUCGAUGUUUUCAAUUAUGGCAGAUACAACUCCUGAUGUGUCACACAGUGAUAAGUUAGCAAUUGCAGUAAGGUAUGUGGAUAAAAACUGUAAUAUUAAAGAAAGAAUUGUGCAGAUAUGCGAGGUAGCUGACAAAACGGGUGAUGGAAUUGCAAAUUUAAUAAUAUCGACAAUCAAUAACCUUCAACUUGAUGUCAAUAGUGAUGUGUUUCAAGGAUAUGAUUACGCCAGCUCUAUGUCCAGCAACAUUAAAGGAGUUCAUGCAAAAAUUUCAGAAAAGUUAAAACGAGUUGUACCUUAUAUUCCAUGUCAAGCUCAUCGAACUAAUACUUUUGUUGAACAUGCGGUUAAAAGAAAUAAAAUGGCUUCAAAUGUCUUUGAAGUUCUUGAAAUGUGCUACGUAUUUAUUUCUUCAAGUACUAAACGAUUCAGCUUACUUAAUUCUAAACUUGAGUUUAUUGAAAAUUCCUUGAAACUUCGCAAUCUUUCAAAAACUAGAUGGUCAGCGCGUUCAGAAUCCAUUCAAGCAUUUUGGAUAAGUAUGGAAUCUAUUGUUGAAUGUUGUUAUGAAAUAAGUCAGUCCGAUUUAUUUGAUAAGAAAACAAAGGAUCAAGCUUUAGCAAUACUUAAAAAAAUCGUGAAUCCAGACUUUAUCAUUAUGCUUAUGCUUAUCAAAGGAGUCAUUGCAAAAACAAAGAUUUUUACUGAUGAGUUGCAGAAAGUUGAGUUGAACAUUUUAGAUGCUAAAAUGAUUGUAUUGUCUACAAUACAAUCUCUUGAACGAAAUAGAAAAGAAGAAUUUGAAGUACAUUGUGAAAUUGUACUGUGCCUAUUAAUGCCAAAUAAUGGAGUAAAUACAGAUGCUCAUUUAUUUCAUGCAGAGUUAGAAAUUUUUAUGAACACAUUUACUAAAUCUGAUGCUCCAACAAACAAUGAAAAAUUAAAACUGUCGUGGCAAAGACAAAACAUAUUCCCAGGAGUUUUCAAAGCUUUCAAGCUAAUGGCUUCAGCACCAGUGUCCGUUGCAAGCGAUGAAAGAACAUUUAGCAAAUUAAAAAUUGUUAAAAAUAUUUUGCGUUCGACUGUCAGAUGCAAGAUUGGCGUCAUUAAUUUUGUUGGCGUCAGAAAAAGAUUUAGUGGACAAUAUAGAUCUUGA